CUACCGUACUCACGGAGCCAUGUAAAUUGUUUCCAAAAGGAACAAGAGCGUUUUUUGGAACAUCCAUCUCAGGGACGAUAACACAAAGUUCUCGCUGGCCGUAGUUUGUUUCUUUGUUGGUUUGUUUUCUGUCGCUCGUCACGGAACACCGGUGGCAGCGAAUCGAAUCGAAUCGCAUCGAAUCGCAUCGAAACAACAUCGCAUCGAAUCGCAUCGCAUCGAAACCAGAGAGGAUUUUGCUUGGCUUUCGGAGCACCGGCCAGAACAUGGCGGGCGGCGCGAUCGGAGAGGCCCCGGGAACCGGGCCUGCGGUUCCCUCUCGCGGCAAGGAACCCGUCGAGAGGCGAUCCACCCGAGCUCCCUUGAGGCCGCGGGCCACGCUGUUCCCCGCCGCCGUUGUUGCCCUUGGGCUUCUGUCGCUGCUUCUGCUGCUGACAACGACGACGACAACGACGACGACGACGGUGCUUUCGGUUCUGCUCGUGGCCGCCCUGCAGCCGCACCCCCGGAGCGGACACCUGCCGGGCCGUCUCCACCCCCGUUGCCGGCACCGGCACGAGCACCGUCACCACCCCCCGAAGUGSUUGCGGGACCGAUGGGGAGACGAUCCGCAACCCCCACCGGCGGCGCUGGGUGGGGCAAAUGCAAGGGCGAUGCACACGACCCUUUGGGCCUCCGGUGCAGAGCCGGGGGGCUGGGGACCGGCGGAAAACGAUCCACCGCCCGCCGCCGGCAAUGGCGACGGCGACUACACCUGGAUCUGGGAGGACCAAGACGGCGGAAGCAGCGGMAAAAGCGGGCACCGCGGAACCUGGCGGAAGCCGGAACCAGGCACCCGCGACGCAGGGUCGGCGCGGAUCGUGGCGACGAUCCGGGCCUGGUGCGAGGGCUUUGUUUCGGAGCUGGACCUGUGCCCCUGGGCAAGGGCGAGCGUCGGGACCCCGGGGGCGAUGCGCUUCUUUCUGGUUCCGCCGCCGGAAAAGGCCUCCGAGACCGAGCGGGCGGGGGGCCUCGUGCAUUCCGCGGCGGAGCGGUUCCGGGACGAGGUCCUGGGGCGGGGCGGCGGAGACAGCGACAGCGACAGCGACAGCAAAGGUGCCUCCCCCCCCCCGUCGCCGCUGGAACGAGCGGCGAUUUAUUUCGUGGUCUUCCUCGGCGCGAGCGACCGCGCUGUCGACGAUCCUGCGGGAGCGGGCCGCGAAACAAUCCCCGGAGGGUCGUCCCUCUCUUCCUCCUUCCCGGAAUACCUCGAUUGGUUUAUGGACCUGGAGGACGACUGGCCGGAAGACCUGGAGGACGACGUGAUCGUGGCUCCCUUUCACCCGGGGUGGGAAUUCGGCGACACCGGCGGCGGCGAGGACCUCGCGUGCCUCGACUACGAAAAGCGAUCCCCGUACGCCCUGGUGUCCCUCGUGUCGACCCGGGUGGUGGAAACCGCGGGGGAGGCCGUGACCGGCCUCAUCGGGGAACACAACGAAGACGUCCUGGUGUCGAUCGAGGCAAAGGCCCGGACCAACCAAGGGCAUCCCUCGGUGGCCGACCUGUGGCGAUCCGCUCUGUACGGACGGCGAUAGGAGCACCGCGUCCGCCGGGGGAGCGGUCCCGGUCCGUACGGCUUUUGGCCGUGGCAGACGCCAAGCCCGCGAUGCAUCGGGUUCGUGCGUGUUGCCGUGCCAGGAAGAAAACCUCGCAGAGCAUUGCUGCUGCCUCUUUCUGGAGUGCAGCAAUCCACUGCACUCCUAGUUAGUAACGAGCUCCUGUUGCUGUCUUCUACGGUUUUCUGUGUGAAUAGGUGCUUCCGGGCUGCAGUGCGAAGAGGCGUCUCGAGCUAAUUGUUCCUUCCGUUCUACUAGUAAGUAGUACUGGAACACCUCUGGUUUGCAGAUCUUCUCUCAUCGAUUCCUCUACUGUACUCUUGUACCGUAUUCCGUAGGGUACGUAUUCGUACGUACAUUUGCUCCAAAAGCAAACGAAAAUAAUUCUUGUCCGGUUAG